AUGCCGCUGCACUUGAUUCCCCCGCCAGAGGCAGAACUAUUGGACGUGCUCUCAGGAAUAGACGCAGAUACGGUGAAAUAUGGCACGCCAGGACCUUCAGUUAAUGUGGUGCUAAGCGAGGACGUGCUGUCGUCUGAGCAGGCCUUCGAAGACUUCACGGACCAGUCCGAAAGUACCACGCCGCCAGUUGUAACACCCAAGCGGAAACGCCGCAAACACGAGCUGGACCACCUUCGAGCGGUGGCGACGGAGCUUGAGAAAAAGCUUAAGAUGCUCAACCGAGUGUCGGAUGAUCAUCAACAUUCAGACACUGACCACUUUUGGAAACACAUUUCGAACCAGCUUAUGACCGAGCGCCAAAGAGCAGUGGGAGAGAACGCUCGACUGCGCCAGCUCAUUCGGGAGCAAGUCAAGUCGGUCAAGGCGAUGCAGCGGGCGCUGGAUAAAACACCCGAUCAGAGUGUAGAAUGCUCCGUGCUGAGUGGAACGACGCAGUGCCAAUCGCCGACGUCGAAAGAUCUGUACAGAGAUCUUUUCAAGAGCAUUUCAUCUUCGUACAUCAGUGGUAUUGGCAACCUGUUACUACAUCAACCUGGUAUGCCAGCACCUAGUCUUGUGGGCAAGAGAAAAAUGAAUUUGGAGGUGGAGACUGGCGGCGAAUGCGAACCUCGGAUGUAUUUGCAGUUUGUCGAAAGCCGACUGAUACCUUUUAGCCUCGUGCGAAUCGGAGACCACGCCUGGGACUUUUUGUCAAGCUCAAACGGCCACGAAGAUUUUCAGAUGGCUCUUCACAACCAAGGCAAUGAACUGUUUGGACAUUGCACGGUAACUAACACAUCUGGUUUCAGGCAAUCUUUGGGCAACAUCGCGGUUCGAAGGUAUUACGAGUCGAAUAAGCUGACGUUCAUGUGGAAGUGUGACGGACUAUGCUCGCACGAUGACGCCUCCACAUCUAUGCGUGUUCGCCAGAAAGGAUCGUGUGUCUUCGAGCCGGCAGAGGAAGACCCACAGAACGCCACAAUCUUUCGAGCCUGUGUUCGAAUGACCCCAACCAUCGAGGACAACAGUGAUUCCUUUACCGAAUCGGCGAAGGCAGUCGGCCAAACCACGGAGAUUGUUAUCGAAAACUAUGAAAAAACGGUCGUGUAUAUUUUCGACACCGUAUUGGAAUCCCUCGCGUGCGAAGCGCCUAAUAAGGCAGGUUAA